GCACGGCGGGCAUCCAGCGGGCCUGCCACUCCCCCCAACUGGGGGCCUGGAGGGUCAUCAGAACGCACCCCCCUCCUUGAGCCUCUUCGGCCUCCGUCCGUCUGUCCCAGGUGAAGCGCAUAUCCCUCCGCCGCCACCCCCACCCCCCAUUGCUGGGCUGGGCUCAGUUCGGCAGCCCCACAGUCCCCGGAUGGAAACUGUUAUGGCCGCCAAUUGUGACUCGCAGGACUAUGGAGACGGGCAAGAUCCUUCUCUUAAGUAUUUCUCCUGACUGUGGCCUUUUCUGAUCGUUGUAUUUUUAUGCCUUUCAUUCUUGUGGAAGAAAAAUGUUGAAAAGGCAAAUGAAGAUUUGAAAUCUGAUCUUUCCCUACUGAGGAAAUUAAAAUGGAGAAAGUCAUGGAACUCUGAAGAUAUUUCUGCAUAACAGGUUUGUCUGCUGGAAAAAUUACAAAAACUCACAAGAUCUCCCUGAAACAAAAUAAAGAAUAUUUUUAAAACCAUGCCAUCUGAAAAGGAACAAACUUUUUGUGAUAAAAAGCCGACCACUUUAUUACAAGAUGCUGCUGCAAAGAAACUUUGUGUUUGUAUUCCAGAUAAUGCUGUGGAAAAAGCAUUGGUGAAUGAUACUAGAAGUGUAAUGCUUCCACCACUGAUUUUAGAUGUCAGUCUUUCUUAUGGACUGAAAAAUGUGAAAAUUGAUUUGCCCAAAGUGAACAUUCCAAAUGAAGUGGUAUUGAAAAAUGAAGUUGAUAGAUUCAGAAAAUUAUUUCAGUGUAAAGAGCAAACUGCAAGAAAAUCUUUAAGUCAAGAGAAAGUAAAUGGAAGUCAUCUAAAUUGUUCAGAGAGCUACAGUUUGCAAAGCAAACCAGAAGUGCAGUUUGAAGAAGAAGGUUUGAAAACUUCAGCAAAGAUACUGAAUUUCACCUGUACAAAAUGUAGAGACAAAAUUAGAUAUAGCCCAAAUGAUCUACAGAAACACUUUCAGCUGUUACACUAUGGAGAGUUGCCUUCAUAUCCUUGUGAAAUGUGCAAUUUUUCAGCCAAUGACUUCCAGUUGUUUAAACAACAUCGCCGCAUCCAUCGCAGCACUUUAGUAAAAUGUGAGAUUUGUAAUGAUGAGCAUAUAUAUACUCUGUUGGACUUGACAAAACACUUCACAUCAAAGCAUUGUAUAGAUGGGCAUUUUCAAUGUGAAAAGUGUGGGUUUUCUACCCGAGAUGUGGGCACAUUUGUUCAGCACAUUCAUAGACAUAACGAAAUCCAGUAUAAAUGUGGUAAAUGCCAUCAUGUCAGCUUUACAAAAGGGGAGUUUCAGGAGCAUCUUCUGGUUCACACUGGUGCAUUUCCUUUCAGUUGUCAGUAUUGCAACUAUAGUGCACCACGGAAGGAUUACCUUUUAAAGCAUGUAAUAGCUUUGCAUAGAGAUCACUUAUAUGCAAAAGAUAAACUGGAGAAGGAUAAAUGUGAAAAAAGAAUAGUAAAGACUCCAGCAGGGCUCAAGCUUAUUUUGAGAAGGUACAAAACAGGAGCAUCGAGGAAAGCACUUUGGAGACGGAAAAGAAUUAACAAUGGAAAUGACAAAACUGAAGAGCAAAAUGCACAAGUGCUUAGGAAUUUGAAUAAAAUUCAACCCAGAUCUGAGGAGCUAAACCAGUCUAUAAAGGAGCUGCAUAUGAAUGAAGAAAAAGAUCAAAUUAUACAUAACGAAAAGCAUAAUCUCCAAGGUGGAACAGUGUCGCCUACUACCAUGCAAUACAAUAAAGCAGAAGAUGGGUCAAGUUUUGGUUUGGGAUUAAUGAAAAAUGCUGUUCAUGGACCUACAGUUCUGAUGGUGAAAAAUAAUAAAAUAUCUGUUCCAGCAAACUACAGUGCUAAAUUUAUGGGAUUUAAGAUGGUGGAUGGAAAACAGCAUAUUGUAAUAAAAUUGUUGCCUACAAAUAAACAGAAUGUGUAUUUUUCGGGACAAAAAUCUGAUGGUGUUAAAGAUGUCUCAGCUGAUUCUUUGCUACAAACUGCUGAUACUUUUGGCUUAUCUUCAAGUGCUACAUCACAUGUAACUAAUCAGCAAACUCUGAAGAAUAAUUCUCUUCACUCAUUAACCUCCACUCCAUUUUCAUUUUCUACUCCUUCAGGAAAAACAAAAGCAGAAAAACAAAAUAAUGCUUUAUCACGUGGUAAGACUAUUUCUCAGACUAUAGAAUCUCCCACUGUAGUUAUAGGAAAGAAUGCAACUCAUUUGCCAAUGAAGCCUGGAUCAACUGCACCUCCAUGUGACUUGGUGACAAAGGUUGGAACUAGGGGUAAUGUUCUCUCAUGGGAAAGUUGUAUUGCUCACAGUCGUCCUCAGGUAUUAUCUCCCACAGUUACAAAUACACUUCAUUAUGACCCUAUGAAAAUGCCCUUCCCUAAAAUACAAAAUGGUGGAGUGAGCAAUAAUGGUGGACCUAAUCAUCUCUACUAUCCAUCAGUUGAUUCAUCUAACCAGGGACUACUGCCUUUUCAUAAUUACUCUAAAAUAGACUCUUCAGAUAAUCCAUGUGGCAUUUGGAUGCCAACAGAUGACAAACCUAAAGACUUUAUGUCCAGCAAAAUGUUACUUCCUCAAAACAGCUUGAGAAGUGACUCUACAGCCUCAUUUUCACAGUCAGUGAGAGGUUUAAAUCCUGAAAAAUGUGUAUCAUCCCAGUUAAAUAUUAAUUCAGUUUAUGGACAUGUAAACACUAAGAAUAAUUCUGUCUCUUCAAGAAACCAAUCUAAAUGUAUUAUUGACAGACAGUGUUUUAUGGAAAAAUGGCAUGGUGGUAGCAAACAGUAUUUGGACACUAAUAUAAACCAAGUGUUUGAAAAUGUAGCUGAGAAAUCUAAAGCAGAAAAUAUUUCAGAUUGUGCUAAUUCAUCCCUUAUGCCUAAAAUCACAUCAGUUUUCUCGUUACAUAGUAAACAGGCAUCCAAUUAUUUGUCACCUGAAGUAAACCAAUUACUUCAAGAUGUGCUGAAAGUAAAAUCAACUACUCCGCAAGAAUCUCACAAUAAGUUAAAUACCUGUGUAAAACUUCAUUGUGAUCAGUCAUUUUCAUGUCAUCAGACAGACAGUAAAACUUUUACACACUUAAAAGACUCCACUGCACGUGGUUUAGCCAGUUCUUCUAAUGUAGGUGUUCAUAUGUCUAAGAGAGAGUUGAACGUGAAAUGUAGCACAAUAAAUGAAGGUAUAUGUUUUGGGAAAGAAAGACAGGCACCAGUGACAUCACAUGAUGCAGAAGAAACGGAUAAGUUAUCUAGAACUGCGGGUGUUGGUACAUUGCUUAAAACUCAUACAGAUGCAAUCAUAACACAACAGUUGGUAAAAGAUAGGAUGCGAUCUGCAACCCAGAAUCCUAGCAGCUUCUCACCAGUUCUUCCAGAACAGAAGAAAACACUUUUAGUUCAGACACCUCCACCAGGGUUUCUUGUACCUUUGCAUCUUGCUAACCAACCAAGCUUACAAGUUGUUUCAGGAAAACCUCUCCCGUCAGCAAGUUCAUCAGAGGUUCAUUUGACUAAAAGCAUACCGGCAUCCUUCCUUUUAAAUAAAAGACCUGGAAUGAUAUUGACAUUUAGUAGUGGGACACUUGGCACAGUUGCAAAUGUCACUGGUGAUAGCUCUCAGAUUUUAGGGAGAGUUACAUCUAAAGAGUAUCGUAAAAUAACAGUACCAACUUCAAAGACCGAGUUGAAAAAUGACAGUGUUAGAAGUGUAAAUAAUUCCUCUGGUGUUAGCAUUGUGUCUGAUGGGGCGGUAAGUGAUUUGUCAAAUAGCGUGCCAUUCAAAGCGCCUCUUGUAAUUACAAAUUCAGUUGAUUCUUCUAUGAAAGGAAUUUCUUCUGAAAAUUUUUUACCAGAACAUCACGGCACUGUGUGUGGUUCCUUGGAGUCAGUAAAACAACAGGAGAUUCCACAGAAGCAGCCUGUUUAUGCGCUUUUGCCUGAUGGACGACAGGCAGUUUUUCUGAAAUGUAUGACACCAAACAAGCCUGUGGUACAGAAACAUAAUGUUCAAGAAAAUGCUUAUAAUCAAAAUUGUCAACCAAAGAAAACUGGAGCCAUGCAACAAAAGCUUUUGCUGAAAAUUAAGACCUCUACUUCUGAUGCAACUACUGAUCUAAAACAAUCAGUUAGCAACUCAGUGCCCUCACUACAAUUGGAUAAAAUGCAGUCCUUUAAAAGUCCUGCUAUAGGGCAGAAACAGACUAUUAUUACUUCUAGUGAUGCCUUAUUCUUACCAGGUAGAUUGAUGCCAGCAAAUCCCUCUUUGGCAAGCUCUAAUUGUGUACUUCCUGUAGAACCUGUAUGUUCCACCAAGCCUACAGGGGCAUGGUCACAAAAGUGUUCAGUUAAUUCUACACAAGCAGUAAUUGCUAACAAAGGGAAUAGUUAUGGUAGCCAAAGGUCCACGUGGAACACCAGAAACAAACUUUCAAAAGUCAAACCUUGCUUGAAACAAACUGGUCAUAAAAGUUCUGAAGCUGUGGUUUCACAAAGAAACAAGAAUUCCAAACGAAAAACUAAGGAUGAUUUCCAAGAACCCCCUAGAAAGAAAAUAAUGUUGCACAGGAGGUGCAAAGAAAAGAAUCAAACUGAAGUUGUUAGCAAAUCAAGUGGCCCUUACAGACCAAGGGCAUCAAAGGAAACUGUGAGGACUUUGAAACUACUUCCUUUUAAUUCUAAACAACUUGUAAAAUGUCCUCGGAGAAAUCAGCCAGUUGUAGUGCUGAACCAUCCUGAUGCAGAUGUUCCAGAAGUUGUAAAUGUAAUGAAAACUAUUACUAAAUUUAAAGGACAUGUUCUUAAGGUCUCAUUGUCAAAAAGAACUAUUGAUGCUCUUCUGGAAUCAGCAUACUGCAAUACUUUAGAUAUUGCUACUGAGGAUCUCUCUCAAAGGAGGCACAGGAUGAUAAAACCUGUUAGUCCUGUAAAAGAAAGAUUUGUGUUAAAAUUAACACUGAAAAAAACAAGCAAAAACAAUUAUCAGAUUGUGAAAACUACCUCUGAUAAUACCCUGAAAGCUAACUUUAGUUGCUGGUUUUGUGGUAGGGUAUUUGACAAUCAAGAUAAUUGGGUGGGGCAUGGACAGAGACAUUUGAUGGAAGCUACCCGAGACUGGAAUUCAUUAGUAUAAUCUUGAUUAGCGAAGAAAGCAAAAAUAAAUACCUUACUGUACUCGUUUUAAAAAGAACCAAGUUGAAUUAUGAUACACAGGUUACUUAGGCAUGGUAGAUAAAUACAAAACAAUUUUAAAAUAAUGCAAAAUAAUAGCAUCAAAUGUUGAGAUACAACAAAGAACUUUGUGGGUUAGAUGUUGUAUAACUAAUUGCAAUUACAGUACCAUAAAACUGCAUAUAUUUUUCAUUACUAUCAUGUCCUAUAUUUUUAUUAUUCUAUAGAAUGAGUUCCCAGGAUUUUUGUUCUGUACAUAUUUAAAAACCUAAACAUGUAAAUAUUUUUGUACUGCUCAGUUACUUGCUGUAGAUCUUGCACAGAAUUUCUUUCCCUUUUCAGUUCUGUGCAUGCACUACUAAAACUGAUUUAAAGGUUUUUCAACUACACACAGCUAUUACCCAUGGUUUGUUUUUUUUGUUUUUGUUUUCAAUUUGAAUUGUUUUUGAUUUUGCUUUUUCAGGGAUUGAACACUAUUGUUAGCAAGUGCCUAAAAGAUGUGAAACAGUUUACAUUUAUGUCAACUGUAUAACCAUAGGUCCAAAUAGGACCAUUUCCCCAAUAGUUUCAUUUAAACAAAGCCAUAUGUGAAUGCUUUAAGCUGUAUUGCUAUGCACAUGACACUUGUACUAUUUCUGUGCAGUUUGUCUACUUUCUUAGUGAAGUAUUUUUCAUAUAAAUUAAUAAAACAUGUUACAAUUGUGGUUAAUACAUUGAGCUUGAGAAUGGAAUCAGUUGGAAAGAUACAGUAUGUAUUCAUAAUGUAUAUGGUGUUUAAGAACGGUGAACAUUCCUAAUCUGUAUUGAUUCUCAUCAAUAUUAAAUUUGCUAUAACUGUGUUUACAGAACGAUUGUGAGAGUUUAUAAAAAUGUAUGUUUUCUAGCCCCAGUAUGUACUACCUCCAUCACAAAUCCCAGGUAAGUGGCAGCAUGUAGUUGCACUGUCCUAGGACUUUGCUCCAGGGAAAACAAUCAGUUCCUAUAGCUAGUGCAGAUUACUCUCCCUUUCUGCUUCCUCAACUGCACUGUCUGGUAUUUGGGGAGGCCUAAACUUUGGCCACUCCCCACCCCACCCAUCUGUAUGGGGAGUAACAGCCUUGCAGAGGCUGCUCUACCUCCUGUUGCCACUGGUAAAUAGGAGUGGCUCAUGCAAGGGAAUAAAAGAGUUUAUGCUCCCUUACUUUCCUAUGUGGACACACAGCCAGGAUCACAGUCUGACCCACAGAGAUACUACAUUUAGGGCUGUAUCCUGCAGUCCUUAGGGAGUCACUGGGAGUCUUGCAUAAGAACUGCAGGAUUGUACUCUAAAUAUCUGACUCACUUUUGAAAUGUUGCUGGAAAUCUUAAAUGGAUGAAAUUCAGCUCUAUGCUCUCAACAAAGGUUCUGCAUAUUUAAAACAUUGCGAGGUCUUAAAUUGAACACAGGUUCUCUGGGCUGGUUCUCUGUAGAAGGGUGAAUGUCACUCUGACACGAGUAUGGAGCCUGAUCCUGUGUCCAGUGAACAUAGUCCCAGUGGGAGCAAAAUUAAACUAGAUUAAACUUCUAUUUCAUAAGGUGUAAUAAGUGUUUUCUGUUUUAAAAUGUCUCGAAUUGUUUAAAUAGGGAUUGGUACUUUAUAUCAGGAAAAGUAUGUGCUUUCAACAUUUAAACACUUAGAAAUUUCCUCUUAAACUAUCCCUGCAAAAAAGUUUAGCAUCGACAGGUUGCUAGAUGCAAAUAGUUUUAUAACUGUCUUAACAUAUUUUCUUUGGCCAAGAUUUUUCAAAAAUGGGUGCCUAAAGUUAAGCUCCAAACUUAUAUUUAGGUCCCAAAAUAACAUCCCUUUUUGUUUGUUUUUUUGUUUUUCCUCCAGAAAGUGCUGAGCACACGGUGGCUCCUAGUGACUGCUAAAACUUUUUGUUUAUUGUGACUUUUUGGCUUGUUUGUUUUGGUAUACAGUGCAGGUGUUUUUUGUGCAUGAAUAAUGCCGACACCUACAUUGGUGGGGGAGAGAGGAAGUAUGAAAAAAAUGCGUUGGUAUGUGUUUUGAAGGUGCUUAAGAGUGUGUGUUGCUUUGUUAUAUAGAAGCAAAGCAGCAGUCUUUACUGGAAAUGAAAAUUAAGCAAUUUGGUGGUAGAAAACUUUGUAAUUAAUGACUUCCAUCAUUCAUGAGGUGUUUUUACUUCAGCUCUGUAAUAAAUGGGUAUAUAAGUGGAUUUAGAUUGAAACGUGUAUUUGCAUUCACAUAUGGAGCAGCAUUUCAGAUCAAAUAUUUCAUUGAAAUAUUUUCCUUGAUGAAAUUUAAGCCUCAUAAUGAAUUUGUCACACAACUUGUUAAUUUUGCAAAGCUUUUAAUAUAGUGGGGAGAAAAGAAAUGUUCUGAGGCUCUUGCUUGGCUUUUUAACACUAAUUUAUGAAGAAUCUACUACUUGGGCUACUUCUGUGUGGCUUGUGCUGCAGUGCAGCUAAGUGAGAGCAUACAUGGUAAUGGCGAUUUUAGCCCCCUGCUGCAGCAAAGCAACUCUUAAGCAGACUGAGUGGGUAUAUGGAUGUUUGUUGUAAAUCUAAAAUUCUGUUGCUUCUGAAAUUCAUUCCUGUAAUAUUGACAUUAAAUUUUGAUCCUUUAUAAAACUCAGUAUGAAU